UUAGAUUCGAUCGUGUCGUAACCCCUUUCUCGAUUUUCUCACCCAAUUUUUUAAAAUUUCCGUCGUAAUUAUUUCCGCUAGGGUUUCCAUUCCCCCAAUUUAAUUUCAUUUGCCUUUUUCAUCGAUUUCUCGAAAUGGAGGGCAUUUCGCUGCUGUAAUUGUAAAUAGAUUGAGCGGGCAUGUCAUUGGGAGUUUAUAGCUUGGAGGGUUGAAUUUUUUCUGAGAAUAUUUGUAUGAAUUUGGGGACAAAUGUUUGCUACCAACAUGGAUUCAGCGCGGGAUGUUGUUGGAGUUCCGAGCACGGUGUUGAUCCCAAUGCGCUUUGUGUGGCCUUAUGGGGGCAGAAGUGUGUUUUUCAGUGGUUCAUUUGUCCGCAGGUGGUCUGAACUCAUUCCUAUGACACCGGUUGAGGGUUGCCCCACUGUGUUUCAAGCUGUUUACAGUGUAACGCCUGGAUACCACCAGUACAAAUUUUUUGUUGAUGGCGAAUGGCGACAUGAUGAGCACCAACCUUACGUGAGUGGUGAAUAUGGGUUAGUGAACAUUCUCUUGGCCACAGAUCCUAAUCUCUUUCAUCCGAAUGUAACUUCAGAGAUGACUUCUGGACCUAAUUAUAUGGAAGAGGAUACUGAGGCCUUUAAGCGUUUGGUCCGGAUUACAGAUGGUACUUUAACUGAUGUAGUGCUGAGGAUAUCAGAGGCUGAUUUGCAAAGCUCUCGUGAUUGUAUUUCUGUCUUCCUGUCCGCACACACCACAUAUGAACUACUCCCGGAGUCAGGCAAGGUUGUUGCAUUGGAUGUUGAUUUACCUGUAAAGCAAGCAUUUCAUAUAUUGCAUGAGCAGGGAAUCCCUUUGGCGCCUCUUUGGGACUUCAGCAAUGGACAUUUUGUUGGAGUUCUCAGUGCAUUGGAUUUUAUUUUAAUAUUGAGAGAGCUUGGGAACCAUGGAUCUAAUUUGACAGAGGAAGAGCUUGAAACACAUACUAUAGCAGCAUGGAAAGAGGGAAAAGCAUAUCUAAAUGGACAGAUUGAUGAACAUGGGAGAGGAGUGCCGAGACAGUUAGUCCAUGCUGGACCAUAUGAUAAUAUGAAAGAUGUUGUGUUGAAAAUUUUGCAAAAUGGGGUUGCUACGGUUCCAAUUAUCCAUUCAUCUUCAGAAAAUGGCUUAUUUCCGCAGCUAUUACAUCUUGCUUCACUGUCUGGUAUUUUAAAAUGUGUUUGCAGGUACUUUAGGCAUUCAUCUAGCUCAUUACCCAUACUUCAAGCACCAAUAUGUGCACUUAAUGUGGGUACUUGGGUUCCAGAAAUUGGAGAGACGAAUCGUCGGCCAUUAGCAAUGUUGAGACCAAGUGCUUCGCUUAGUGCAGCUCUAAACUUGCUAGUUCAAGCUCAAGUAAGUUCAAUACCUAUAGUUGAUGAUAAUAACUCUUUACUGGAUAUAUAUUGUCGAAGUGACAUAACGGCUUUGGCUAAAGAUAGAGCAUACGCACAUAUUAAUCUCAAUGAAAUGACUAUUCAACAGGCAUUGCAGUUGGGACAAGACUCAUUUUCUCCCUUUGAACCAAGAGGUCAAAGAUGCCAGAUGUGUUUGCGCAGUGAUUCUCUGCAUAAAGUGAUGGAGCGAUUGGCCAAUCCAGGUGUCAGACGACUGGUUAUUGUAGAAGCUGGCAGUAAACGGGUUGAAGGCAUUGUUUCACUAAGUGACGUUUUCAAGUUCUUGCUUGGUUAGCUCCUAAAAACAAUGGUUGAAAAAGCUAGGAGUUCGAUCAGUGGUUCUCGACUUCACGCAUGUGUAGAUGGGCGCCAUCUCCUCCUACCCCAACCGUUGAUUAGAGAAUCCAGUACCUUGCACGGUGACUUGUUCUCAUUUCAUUCAAAUAUACAAUUGGAUUGGCUUCUUGGCUUCGCCUGGUUUUUUUAGGAUUUUGAAGAAAGAGGCCUGUAAAUUGAGAGGAAUUCAUUUCCUCAGAAAUUUGUUGGGCUUCUCCCUCCCUUGUUAUUUACAUUGUGCUGCCGAUGUAGAUGUGAUGUAGCCGAAUACAGCGGGGCUCCUGUAUUACUUUUCUGUUGAAAAAUUAGGGGGGAAAUGAUGGAACAAAAUGAUGGGGGGUGGAGGAAUGCUGAACAAUUGAAGCCAUUGGGUGCCUACUGCUAUAUGCUUACUUGUAGUUGUUAACAUGUAAUUGGCUUUUUCCGAUUUCGUUUCGUAUUUUUCGUCUAUUGGUUUGAUCCUCAAACGUAUUGUAAGUAGCAGGCAAAUGGAGAACUCAAUAAACAGAACCAUGUUAUGCUGUGUAUUGGUUACAAAGUUUAUCAUUUGUAAAAAGAAAAUUAAAAUAAAUUAUCUAAAAUCACCCAAAUGUGGGUGGGACUUGGAUUA